AAGAGUCUGUAGAGAAACCGAUGGAUUAGUCAUGUCGGUUCGGACGGUUUACCAUCAUUUACGUCUCUAGUUACUUUAAUCCACGUGUUUGCAGGAGCUUCUUCCAGCCGAGGUUUGCUGACAGACCAGAACCAGGAGAUGGACCAGAACCAGAACCAGAACCAGAUCCAGAACCAGAACCAGGACUCCUCAUCCAGCAGGACUAAAGCUGCUGGUCUGCAGAAUCCUAAAGGAAGACCCAAAAGAUACAGCUGUGAUCAUUGCGAGCAAGUCUUCACCACUUCAUCAAACCUGAAGAUCCAUAAGAAAACUCACACUGGUGAUGAACUGUACAGCUGUGAUCACUGCGGGGUGGCUUUUACCCAACAAUUUGAUCUAAUAAACCACCAACGUAUUCACACUGGAGGAGACAAGCCUUACAGGUGUGAUCAGUGUGGAGCGGCUUUUGCCCACCAAAGUUCUCUAACGACUCACCAACGCAUUCACACUGGAGACAAGCCUUACAGCUGUGAUCAGUGUGGAGCGGCUUUUGCCCAACAAGGUAACCUAAGGAAACAUCAACGUAUUCACACUGGAGAGAAGCCUUACAGGUGUGAUCAGUGUGGAGCAGCUUUUGCAGAGCAAGGUUCACUAACGAGUCACCGACGUAUUCACACUGGAGAAAAGCCUUAUAGGUGUGAUCAGUGUGGAGCGGCUUUUGCCGUGCAAGGUCAUUUGACGAGACAUCAACGUAUUCACACUGGAGAGAAGCCUUACAGCUGUGAUCAGUGUGGAGCUGCUUUUGCCCGGCAUGGUCACCUAACGACUCACCAACGCAUUCACACAGGACACAAGCCUUACAGAUGUGGUCAGUGUGGAGUGGCUUUUGCCGAGCAAGGUGUUCUAAAGAGACAUCAACGUAUUCACACUGGAGAGAAGCCUUACAGGUGUGAUCAGUGUGGAGCGGCUUUUGCCCAACCAGGUGGUCUAACAAGACACCAACGUAUUCACACUGGAGAAAAGCCUUACAGGUGUGAUCAGUGUGGAGCGGCUUUUGCCGAGCAAGGUGCUCUAUCGAGACACCAACGUAUUCACACUGGAGAGAAGCCUUACAGGUGUGAUCAGUGUGGAGCGGCUUUUACCAAUCCAAGUCACCUAACGGCUCACCAACGCACUCACACUAGAGACAAGUAGGGAUGGGAAUUGAUAAGAUUUUUUCGAUUCCGAUUCCAUUUUCGAUUCUGCUUAACGAUUCGAUUCUUUAUCGAUUCUCUUAUCGAUUCUCAUUUGGAAAAAAGGAGAAGAAACAAUUUUAGUAUCAACUUUGUUUUAAUAAAACAGAGUUGAUACUAAAAUUGUUUCUUUGUUUCAAUUUCUUUGUUUCUCUGAUCUUUUUUGUUCAAAGAUAUAAAACUUUUAUAUCUUUGAACAAAAAAAUAUAAGUGAGGCCUUAAGAUGCCCCCAGCCUUGGGCUCCUCCAUGGUCACUGCUUGGUGACAUUCAUCUAUUCUGGCCUGAUACUCUUCCCUGCCUUGAUGAAAGGAGAAGCUAGCGGUAGAUGCUCUUUAACUUCUCCAUAGAUGAGCUGAUGCUGCAGCUGUGUCAGGAGCUCCGCUGUCCGCCGGAGCGGCCCGGCACGUCCGCGUGGCCGAGAGUGCAGCUCUUCUAAAACAUGAAUUAUGGUUCCGCGUUAAAUCGACGCAGAGCCCUCGGUGUAGGGUACGCGGCGACGCGCGCCGUACGGUGCGUGUAGCCGCAAACCCUACGUCGUAGGCUCUGCGUUGGUGUAACGCGGAACCAUAAAUCAGCCUGACCACAUGCCGGCUGACUCCCCGCUCCCAGCGCAUUCGCCGGCCGAGUCCUAACAGUUUCCCCCCUUUGUUAAAAUGUCCACAUUGCAAGAAUUGUCGCCCUGUUGUCAUCCUUUUUGGUAAAAUGUAACCAAACUUUUGAGCGUUUAUGCCGCUUUGUCCCCGUGUUUUCCUGCUGGGUGCGAAUGCGCACGUUGCACAACGUGCUUGGUGACGUCAUUGGCGCCCACUGGAAUCAAUAAGGGAAUCGUUUGCGAAAAAGGCAAACGAUUCCAAGGAAUUGAAACACUGGGAACCAGUUCUCAACAAGACCCGGUUCUCGAUUCCCAUCCCUAGAGACAAGCCUUACAGCUGUGAUCAGUGUGGAGUACGUUUUGCCACAUCAAGUAAUCUAAGGAGUUACCAACGUAUUCACACUGGAUAAAAAGUGUACAUUUGUGAUCAUUGCUGAUUUAUUUUAACAUCGGUCAAAUUCUAAUGCAACAGCAGGUCAAUACCAGUGCACUACACUUGUAAUGUCAGUGCAAUACCGGUUCAGGUCCAAUGCAGUACCAUUUCUGUACCUGUCAGGGUUUGACAUUUCAUGUUGACAUUUCCUUUUUUAUUUUUAAGCCCAUGUCCUUGUGUUUAAGUUCUUGUCUGACCUUCCUGUUUCCAUCUGCCCUGAUCGUCUGCACCUGUGUCUCGUUAACCUUUGUGUAUAUCUGGUCUUGUCUUUCCCCUGCUCCUUGCUGGUCUGUACUGUUUUGCCCUCCAUGUUUUUCCCAUCAGGUUUUGUCAUAGUUUUGGACUCUUGUUCACAGUUUGGUUUUUGUAUCCUGCUUAACAGCGUUUUUGGUUCUGUUUUUAAGUUAAUAAAUCACACCUGCUCUCCUGCAUCUGGGUCCUCACUACAACCUCCUGACAGUACCAGUGCAACCCCAGUUUUACACCAGUGCAAUACCAAUUCAAUUCACUUGUAUUUGUUGACAGGGACUGUACAUAUUAAUAAACACAUGUAAAUAUGCUGGUUGUAGCCAGAGGCUAAUUUCCACCAUUCGUCCCCGCAGCAAAUUAAUGCCAGACACAGAAUCGGACACCAGCAGACAAAGGAGACAAGAUAUGACAUCCAUA